AUGCUUUUCAAGACGUUAGGGACAGACUUAGUAUACAAUUUGAGUUUGUUUGGAGACAAAUCAGAGAACCAUUGAUCGUGCCAUUACUCAGAAUUGCAGUGUUUUUGUGCCUAGGCAUGUCAUUGAUGAUGUUUGUUGAAAGAGUUUACAUGGGAAUUGUGAUUUGUUUGGUGAAGUUGUUUGGUAAAAAACCAGAGAAACGUUAUAAAUAUGAGACUUUUAAGGAAGAUGUUGAGUUGGGAAACUCUAAUUACCCAAUGGUUCUUAUUCAAGUUCCAAUGUAUAAUGAAAGAGAGGUUUAUCAAUUAUCAAUUGGUGCUGCAUGUGGACUCUCAUGGCCUUCUCAUAGAAUCAUCGUACAAAUUCUUGAUGAUUCAACUGAUCCAACCAUCAAGGAGUUGGUACAGGUAGAAUGCCUAAGAUGGAGAAGCAAAGGUGUGAACAUAAAGUAUGAAGUUAGGGACAACAGAAAUGGGUAUAAAGCAGGUGCUCUAAAGGAGGGAAUGAAACAUAGCUAUGUCAAACAAUGUGAUUAUGUUGCCAUCUUUGAUGCUGAUUUUCAACCACAACCUGAUUUUCUUUGUCAAACCAUCCCUUUCCUUGUUAAUAAUUCUGAAAUUGGUCUUGUUCAAGCACGUUGGAAAUUUGUGAAUGCGGAUGAAUGUUUAAUGACAAGAAUGCAAGAGAUGUCACUUGAUUAUCAUUUUACAGUGGAACAAGAAGUGGGCUCUUCCACUUAUGCCUUCUUUGGUUUCAAUGGGACUGCGGGGGUAUGGAGAAUUUCAGCAUUGAAUGAAGCUGGUGGAUGGAAAGAUAGGACCACAGUGGAAGAUAUGGACUUGGCUGUACGUGCUAGUCUCAAAGGAUGGAAAUUCUUAUACCUCUCCAAUUUACAGGUUAAAAAUGAAUUGCCGAGUACUUUAAAGGCCUAUAGGUACCAACAACAUCGAUGGACAUGUGGGCCAGCUAAUCUUUUCAGAAAAAUGAUUAGGGAGAUUAUCACAAACAAGAAAGUUUCUUUGUCAAAGAAGAUAUAUGUUGUUUACAGUUUUUUCUUUGUUCGGAAGAUUGUGGCACACAUAAAUACAUUUGUGUUCUAUUGCAUUGUGUUACCUGCAACUGUUGUAUUGCCUGAGGUUGUGGUCCCUAAAUGGGGAGCUGUUUAUAUCCCUUCCAUCAUCACCCUUCUAAAUGCUGUUGGAACUCCAAGGUCACUCCAUUUACUUGUCUUUUGGAUCCUCUUUGAGAAUACUAUGUCUCUACAUAGAACAAAGGCAACAAUUAUUGGUCUACUAGAGGCUAGUAGAGUGAAUGAAUGGAUUGUCACUGAAAAACUUGGAGAUGCUCUCAAGGGUAAUAAAGCUAUCGGUAAAGGACUAAAAAAGUUUCGAGUUAGGAUCGGAGACAGGAUUCACAUGUUAGAACUUCUUGUUGGAUUCUACCUCAUCUUCUGUGGUUGCUAUGAUCUUAUGUAUGGGAAAAAUCACUUCUUCAUAUUCCUAUACAUCCAAGCAUUUGCAUUCUUCAUUAUGGCAUUUGGAUAUAUUGGCAUAUUUCUUCCCAACUCCUAG